CCAGGGCGCGCUCCGGCGGGGCGCUGGCGCUGAGAGCUGGGCCGGGCAGAGGGAAGAUGGCGGCGGCCGCGGGCGGGGGGGGCUUCGCGGUCUCGGUGCUGGCCCCGAACGGGCGGCGGGUCACGGUGCGGGUGGGCCCCGGCACCACGCUGCUCCAGGUUCUCGAGGAGGUUUGCGGGAUGCAGAACUUCAAUGCCAACGAGUAUGAUCUGAAGUUUCAGAGAUCUGUGCUAGAUCUUUCUCUGCAGUGGAGAUUUGCCAAAUUGCCCAACAAUGCCAAGCUGGAGGUGGUGCCAAUCGCUCGUAACAGAGCGGGAACUGAAAACAGAGUUCAGAUUGCAUUGCAGUUGAACAGUGGUUCCCGGUUACAGGACACCUUUCACUCUGGCCAGACACUGUGGGAACUUCUCAGCCAUUUUACACAAACCAGGGAGUGUGUGGAGCAGCACAGUGAAUUCUCUCCAGUCUGUAUUUACAUGCGAGAUGAGAUAGCAGGGAAAGCUUCCCUGGAGAGGACAACACUGAAAUCGCUUGGUCUGACUGGAGGCAACGCCAUCAUCAGGGUUGUCAUAAAGAAAUGUGGCUCCUCUGGCCAGGAGGAGGCUGAGGACACAGCGGCCCCAUUUAGCAAGCUUCCAGUGAGCCCAGUCUUUACUGAAGGAGCAGUGGAUAUGCCAUUACCUCACACAAGCAUGUUCUCAAAGGACUUGGAGCCCAGAGAUGUGGCCUUCUCUUUAAACAACUGCACAGAUAAGCAGGACUUGAUUAAAGAAUCCCAGGCCAGCUUGGGGGAGUUGUGGCCUCCCUCAGAUCCUACGCCUGCCCCGUUUGUCCCUUUCUUUGGAGAUGGACAGCGUCUGGGGGGGACCCCUGUAGAUGCAGACUUUCCAGUGUCAGAUAUGCUGUCUUCAAAGCUGCCAACAUCUCUCUCUAGUCCUGGAGGCCCUUCUAAGCCAAAGAAGUCUAAGACCAGCCAAGAACAGCUAAAGGAGCAAGAGGAGCUUUUGGAGCGAGAGCCAGUCGUCUGCCAUCCAGAUCUGGAAGAGCCACUGUCUGCUGGCCCACAGGAUCUUCCUGAUGAGUUCUUCGAAGUCACAGUGGAUGAUGUGCGGAAACGCUUGGCCCAGCUGCAGAGUGAGAGGAAACGUCUGGAAGAAGCUCCCUUGAUGACAAAAUCUUUGAGAGAAGCUCAGAUGAAGGAGAAGUUACAGCAUUACCCAAAGGUUGUGCUGAGAGUCCAGUUCCCAGACCGUCAUGUUCUGCAAGGGUUCUUCCGCCCCAAUGAAACUGUUGGCAUUUUGAGAGACUUUGUGAGAAGCCACCUUGCAGAUGCAGAGCUGUCAUUCUACCUGUUUAUUGCACCUCCCAGAGCCAUCUUGAGUAAUGAGAAUGAAACCCUCUUCCAGGCUAACCUCUUCCCAGCGUCUGUCAUUCACUUUGGAUCUGAGGAGCGCAGAGAUUGUUACUUGAGACCAGAACUGCUGGAGUACACAGUGUCCCUUUCCACAGCUGACUUGCUAGUAGCUAGAGGCUUGUCCAAAUCACUAGUCCCUUGUGCUCCACCAGCUUCAGAAACAGCUGUUCCACCCCCAGUUGGGCUAGAGGAGACAGAUGGGAAAAGAACUGCAGAGAACCCAGAACGAGCAAGAGCCUGUGAAGCUUCACAGCCAGUGAGAAGCCCCCCUGAAAAAGUACCAAAGUGGCUGAAGCUGCCAGCUGGGAAGAGAUGAAACAUCCCAGGUGCUGGGCCUGCAAGAUUACUUGGCUGGACUGAGAAGCAGCAGAAUCAAUUGCACUUCUUUCCAUUUGAACUGCUACAAAGUUUGUAAUAAACCAUUGGUGGUCCUGGAGAGACCUGAACAACAUGAUUUAUUUCUUAAAAAAAUAAAAUAGAAUAGCUGUUUCAUGUUGCUACUUCUACCUUGUUGUGAGCAAACAAAGCCUAUGUGUUGUAAGACCAGCUGCCUGGCAAUAGAAGCAGGUCAGAAAGAGAAACUGCAUGCAUGUAAUCUGAAAGGAGCAGGUAGAGAGAAUUCUUCCUAGCCAUCCCUUGACUGCUGACUUUGCUUCUAUAGGUGUUUGACACUCAAGCCUUCUCUCUAAUUUCUGUCUUCAGAGGUUACCUGAAGCAGUGUGGCUGCUCUGCUGCCUGGAACAAGAUCUUAAUGCUGAAAUCAGCUUCAUAAUUUCACUUACAGGUGUAAAGUGUUGCCCAGAACUGGGGUGGUCCCUAUGGUGUGGCAGUGGCUACUGCUGCUGGUAGUCCUGUAGGAGCUGUUUAGAUAACUCACAAUAUACUGAGUGGCUUUUGUUGAGAACUUCCUGGUUCAUUUUAUUUGUCUGUUUUCCACUGGUGGAGUCUUGUUAAUGAAAAAUGCAGGUAUCUAUUAAUGACAUGCCUAUGGAAUAUGCCUCUGGACUAAGCUGUUUUAUUUCCAUUACACAUAAUUAACUACUCUAAUGAGAGCAAAACUCCAGUGAAAGAUCUCUUCAUCUGCUGAUUUCUUUGGCUUUGAUGUUGCCUGCAGUGGAAUUGCUGUGUGUUUGCAGUGUGAGUACUGUAAGGAGCGAUGCUCUGCCUCACCCAUAUGCAGUGUUGGGAUGUGAGUUAAGGUUUAGAAAUGUGCUUGCUAUAGAGAUGAGGUCUGUAGUGCCACAAUAUCCAGGCUGCUGUAUUUUAUUUGAAGUUUUUUUUUCAGAGUCCAGUAAUUCCAGUUGGACAGAGUUACUGUGUUAUGGUAAUAAUUCUCACCAUUUGUUUUCCCUGAACAGACUUUUUUCCUUGAACUAUGUGUGUGUCUGCACAAUUUGUAGAUGUAAUAAAGCAGAGUGGCCAUAGGAGGCCUUUUUGUCGGA